ACAUUACCUUGGAUGUCAGGUCGGAGCCGUAUCUUGAUGAGCAGAAAUGAUGCUUCCGUGGCUUGUCAAUGUAUCUCUAUAAGGGCUAUCAGUAACAGACACAACAAUCGGAGCAAUCUUUAUCUUAUUGAUGAGACCAAUUGAUUAGCUACAAUGUCCGAUCCAACCUCAUCUCCACCUAAUAGAGGCAUCGUGGUCUUCUCCGGGGGAAGUGCUGCCAAUAAUCUGGUGGAUGUCUUCAACGCCGUCCGCGAGAGCAAGCAAUGUCCUUUGAGCUAUAUCAUCCCGAUCAGUGACAAUGGUGGCUCCUCCUCCGAGCUAAUUCGCAUUUUUGGGGGCCCAGGAAUUGGCGAUGUGAGGAGCCGGCUCGUCCGCCUGAUUCCCCCCUCGCCGCCCAAUUCAGAACGGGCUGCCAUGAAAACACUAUUCAAUUAUCGCCUACCAGCGGACGCAGCCGCCGCUCAUGCGGAAUGGCAUUCUAUCGUGGACGGCACGUCUGACCUUUGGAGGAUCAUCAUGCCCGCCAAAAAGGAACUCAUCCGCUCGUUCCUCAACCUUUUGAACCUAGAGAUCCUCAAACGAGCCCGUCCGCCCACGUCCACGUUCGACUUCACCUCGGCUAGCGUCGGAAACCUCUUCCUGACCGGCGCGCGCCUCUUCAGUGGCAGUUUCGAGAGCGCCAUCUAUCUCCUGGGCAGUAUCUGCGGCGUUCCGUCGGACGUGGUGCGCGUCAUUCCAGCCAUCAAUUCCAACUUCUCUCACCACAUCUCCGCCUCCCUCUCCAACGGCACUGUGAUCGUCGGCCAAAACAGCAUCUCCCAUCCGAGCGAGGCCACUGCCUUACAACCAUGCCCCGGUUCUCGCCGUCCUAGCAUCCUCCUUGCUGAUGGAGGGGAGGACAUCGACGAUCCAGAGACGCCUCCCAUCUUCCCCACCUCGAAAUCGGUCACACCAGCACCGGACGACACUGACGUCCUUCCCUACGAUGAAGGCGAAGACCAUCCUCCAGGGUCCCUCCCAACCCUGCGCCACAAGAACAUCCAGUUCAGCAAAUCUGAGAAUGAGAACCUUCCCGCGCGUAUCACUCGCAUCUGGUACAUCAACCCGUACGGCCAAGAGAUCCGACCACCGGCCAAUCCACGAGUCCUGGAAGCUCUGAACGACUCCCAGGCCAUCAUUUACAGCAUCGGCUCGCUAUACACCUCGCUCGUUCCGUCGCUGAUUCUUCGAGGUGUCGGUAGGGCGAUCUCCUCGAGUCCCGCCCGCCACAAGAUCCUCAUCCUGAAUGGCUCACUCGACCGUGAAACAGGGCCUCCCUCAGACCCUUUCUCGGCUGCUGACUUUGUCCACGCGAUCACCUGUGCGGGCGAGGAAAGCCGCGGCCGCUACCCGCCAUUCUCAUCGACAUCCUCGCCACUUCCUUACAACUCAUACGUCACCCAUAUCCUGCACCUAGAUGGCCCCGGUACCCCACGCGUCGACCGGGACCAACUGACGGCGAUGGGCAUCGAGACACUCCGGCUUUACGGCCGCAAAAUCACCGUUCCCGGGGCCGAUGGGGCCGAGGUUGCCGUGGGCAUGAAAUACGACGCGAAUGCGCUGAUCCAGGCGCUGGAGGUCGUGCUGGGCAAGAAAGGCGACGCCAUGCUACGUGGAGGAGAUGGCAAUGGCGGUUUGAGCCGGCGGAAUACCCUAGAGCCGGGGCGAAAGCGGCAUGUUUCGUGACUAGCCUAACGACGUUGCUGUCAACGAUUUUAGUAUGAGAAUCUAUACGGCUUCUCAUCCUCUAUCCCUCACCCCAUAGCUGGUAAAUACCAUAACCGUCAAGCUGAUCAACGGGGUGGGUAUACCAAAUAGACUCAUGUCUGUUGUCUAACGUAUAAUGUGAUAGAGGACUCCAUCAAUUGAAUC